ACCGUCAGAUGGCGCUGUGGUUCUGAGAAACCGCUGGAGGUGUGACAGCUGAUACUAUCUGAAAAUCUGUAAAUGCCACGGCUGGAGUGCGCGUGAGAGUGGGUGAGCGGACCAUUCCAGUCCGUGUGUCUCUGUGCGUGUGAGCAGUGAUCUGCUGUCAUUCAUGGGGAUCAUGUAUGGAGAUGGAGACCUGCUCGGACGGCCCCGGAGGGACUGCAUGUGUUACCUGGGACCCCCGACCACCUUGAUGCCCAUCGGAAUGCGUAAAUCCCCCGAGGUGAGUCCCAGAAGGCUGUCCGACAUCAGCCCCCAACUCCGCCAGCUCAAGUACCUGGUGGUGGAUGAAUCGAUUAAAGAGGACCUGAAGUCAUCUCGAUCAGUUGAGGACAUCAACAGCGCGUCCAUCGAGGAGAGGAUCUUGAGAAUCACGGGCUAUUAUGGCUACCAGCCGUGGAAUGCCGUUUAUAAGAGGGAGGACCGCCCGAGGGAGAACAUUGUGGGCACUGCCGAUGGACAGGCGAUGGUGGGCGGAGCAGGGGCAGAGUCAGGGGCAGGAAGGCAGAGUUUAAACUGCUGUGUGCGAGUGACAGCCGUCCAAGUGCGAAAAGCAAUAUGGGGCGUGGCCAUGGUGAUGUGCGUGUGCUCGUCAUGGGCAGGCUCCACCCAGCUGGCCAAGCUGACCUUCAAGCAGUACGACGCACCGUUCACUCUCACAUGGUUCGCCACCACGUGGAACUGCCUCUUCUUUCCUCUGUAUUACAUCGGCCAUCUGUGCAAGAGUCCUGAGAGACAGACACCAAAACAGAGGUUUAGAGAGUGCUGUCGGUUCUUCGGAGACGAUGGACUGACGACAAAGGUGUUCUUCACUAAAGUGGCCCCUUUCGGCCUGCUGUGGAUUAUGACAAACUACCUUUACCUUCAGGCUCUAAGAAAGAUCAACAGCACCGAUGUAUCGGCCCUCUUCUGCUGUAACAAGGCCUUUGUCUUUCUUUUGUCGUGGAUCGUGCUGCGGGAUCGCUUCAUGGGGGUCAGGAUUGUUGCUGCCAUUCUGGCCAUCGCUGGAAUCGUGAUGCUGACCUACGCUGAUGGCUUUCACAGUCACUCUGUUAUCGGCAUAACGCUUGUAGUGGCCUCUGCAUCUGCCUCUGCCCUCUAUAAGGUGCUUUUCAAGCUCGUCUUGGGCAGUGCCAAGUUUGGAGAGGCGGCUCUGUUUCUGACCAUUGUAGGUGGUGCAAACUUUGUCUUUAUGAGCUUUGUGCCAGUCAUACUGUACUUCACACACGUCGAGUACUUCACAUCCAUAGCUGAUCUUCCCUGGGCCUACCUGUGUGGAGUAGCUGGACUCUUACUAGCGUUCAAUAUUCUGGUGAAUUUUGGCAUUGCCAUUACAUACCCUACGCUGAUUUCACUUGGCAUUGUGCUGAGUGUCCCAGUCAAUGCAAUGGUGGACCUGUACACCUGUGAUAUCCACUUCAACACAGUGCGACUCAUCGCUGUGUUCAUCAUCUGUCUGGGCUUCCUGAUGCUGCUGUUACCGGAGGACUGGGAUCAGUGUUUGAUUGAGCUCAGCACCAAACUCAGAAAGCGGGAACAACCUGUUGAGCCGGCUGAGACUGCAAACAGCUCAGGCCUCAACUGGACCCGACGGGCCAGGACCUCCAUGUCCACAUUUUCCCACUGACACACAUUUAACUUUUCCAUAAAAUCCAUAAUAUUUCUCAUUCAACGAGGCUCCAUAUGCCAUAAUUCACCAUCAUGCACAUUACAACAGAAGUUUUCCGAAAGCAAAUAAUGUUUUUCAGUUCUCCCAACUGUAAGUGAAUUUGAACAAUGAUUUGGGUCUUUUAUUUUGAAACUCAAGAGCGGGGGUCUCAAACUACUAAUAUAUGAGCCACUGGGUUAAUAGUUUAUUUUUAAAUGCAGCCCAAAAAUCAGUUUAUAGACUUUAGUUUUUUACAUUUACUGUUUGUUUGUUUUUUUCAAAUUAAAACUUUGAUAAAUUAAUAUUUAUUACAUUUAAUAUUUCAACUUUAUUUUAUAUCUUAAUUUAAUGUAUAUUAUAUAUUGUGAUUUAAUUAUGUAUAGCCUAUUGCUUAUUCUCCACAUGGGUUUUACAAGCCUAAAACUUGAAUGUAAAUGAACAGAAAAGUUUGGGUUACAUGCAUCUAUAUAAAACUAGAUGGCUCUUAUUACAAUCGAUGUAGUGGUUUACACUGAGAGCGCUUGUU